UGCAGCCGGUUUCGUAAGCGACCGCGACCGACCGUGGCCGUCGCCGCCUGCCUGGGGCGGGGACCGGAGGAAAUGGGGGUGAUGUGAUGCGGGGCGGGGCGGGAGGGAGGCAGAGGAGGGCGCCGCGGGCAGGAAGCGCAGCGCGGCGGCAGCCUGCUGCUCCUGCUGCUGCUCCGGCCGCUCGGGGCCGCGCAGGCCGGGGCCGCGGACUCGGUGCCGCUGGACUUGGCCACCGCGCGGCCGCUGCGCUCCGUGAGCCCCGCCUUCCUGUCCUUCACCAUCGACGCCAACCUGGCCACCAACCCGCGCUUCCUCGCCUUCUUGGGUUCUUCCAAGCUUCGGACUUUGGCCAGAGGUUUGGCUCCUGCGUACUUGAGAUUUGGUGGCACCAAGACAGACUUCCUCAUUUUUGACCCUAAGAAAGAACCAACCUUUGAAGAGAGGAGUUGCUGGCCAUCUCAAGUCAAGCAAGAUUUUUGCAAAUCCAGGUCCCUCCCUUCCAAGGUGGAGAAAAGACUGCGCUCGGAGUGGCUGUUCCAGGAGACAUUGCUACUCCGAGAACAAUACCAGAAAAAGUUCAACACGACCACCUACUCAAGAAGCUCCGUGGAUAUGCUGUACUCUUUUGCAAAUUGCUCAGGACUGGACUUGAUCUUUGGUCUGAAUGAGUUGCUAAGAACAGCGGAUUCCCAGUGGGACAGUUCUAACGCCCAGCUGCUCCUGGACUACUGCUCUUCCAAGGGCUAUGACAUUUCCUGGGAACUAGGCAAUGAACCUAACAGUUUCCGGAAGAAGGCUGGUAUUUUCAUCGACGGAUGGCAGUUAGGAAAAGAUUUCAUUGAGUUGCAUAAACUUCUACAAAAUUCCACUUUCAAAAAUGCAAAACUCUAUGGUCCGGAUAUUGGUCAGCCUCGAGGAAAGACAGUUAAGAUGCUGCAGAGCUUCCUGCAGGCCGGCGGAGGGGUGAUAGAUUCGGUUACAUGGCACCACUACUAUUUGAAUGGUCGCAUUGCUACUAAAGAAGACUUUCUAAACCCUGAUGUGUUGGACACUUUCACUGUAUCAGUGCAAAAAAUUGUACAGGUGGUGAAGGAGACCAGACCCGGCAAGAAGAUCUGGUUGGGAGAGACGAGCUCUGCGUAUGGGGGCGGGGCUCCCCUGCUGUCCAAUACCUUUGCAGCUGGCUUCAUGUGGCUGGAUAAACUGGGCCUGUCGGCGCAAAUGGGCAUCGAUGUGGUGAUGAGACAGGUGCUCUUUGGUGCUGGAAACUACCACUUAGUGGAUGAAAACUUCAAACCUCUACCUGAUUAUUGGCUGUCUCUUCUGUUCAAGCAGCUGGUGGGCAGCACGGUGUUCACUGUGAGCGUGAAGGGCCCUGACCACGGCAAGCUCCGCGUGUACCUUCAUUGCACCAACAACAACCAUCCAAAGUAUAAAGAAGGAGAUUUGACUCUGUAUGCCUUAAACCUCUGUAACGUGACCAAGCGCUUGCAAUUACCCUAUCGCUUUUUUAACAAAGAAGUGGAUAAGUACCUUCUAAAACCUGCGGGCCCGGAUGGAUUACUUUCCAAGUCGGUCCAACUCAAUGGUGAAACUCUGAAGAUGGUGGAUGACCAGACCCUGCCGGCUUUGACAGAAAAGUCUCUCCGCCCAGGAAGCUCACUGGGCUUGCCUGCUUUCUCGUAUGGGUUUUUUGUGAUAAAAAAUGCCAAAGUUGCUGCUUGUUUAUGAACACGAAAUGCAUACCUAUUUCAAAUGCAUUGAUAAGAGUAAAGCAAAACUUGAGCUACAGAAGGCAAAGAGAUCCGCUACAGAAUUGGUAGGGGGUGCUUCAGAGACGUGGGGACACCCUCCGAGCUAGAUGUAGCACAGCAGACUUUGGUUUAAGCAGAGCGGUGCUGGUGACAGUAGCUAAUGAUACCACAUGGCAGACGUGAUGCUUAGCAUUCCGCAUGCACUAUUUUUAAGGAUAUGGAAAAUGUAUACAAACGCUGUCAGCAUGGCCAGGAGACAGAUACGUGGAGGAUAUAGUGUUCACUUUGAGAAAGUGUUGACUUGUUUUAUUUUUAGGAACUGUUAGAAGCCCAUCAGGUUCUUGGCAUGCCAUCUCUGUGGGCUCCCAUGGGGAAAUUUUACAGCCACAAUCUUGAAACUGGUUGUGAGAGAGAAACUUCUCUCUGGGAUCAAGGCCCAGCUGCUGCUCCUCUCCCCUCUGUCCCAUUUAUCUUUGCCAGUAGUAGUUUAUGAGAGGACAGCUGGUUAUAUGUGAGUGCAUCAAACGCUGGUGAAGAUAAUCAGAGGGAAGGGACUGUGUAAACGUCAAAGUUUCUGAAUGACUGUAAGUGAGAUUGAUUUACCAAGAGGAGGACCCUUAGAGAACAUCCAAUACAGCAUAGCCACUGGUUAGUGUUUAAUUUUCCUGUGCUGUUCUCAUUUCAAUUGGGAAGUGUUGGGCUGCAAGUAACAGAAACCCUCAUUCAAAUGGCUUGGAAGAUAAGAAAAGUUAUAGCCCCACACGAGAGGUUCAACGAGGGCAGGGUCCAGUAGCCGGGUGUCACCAGUGAGCCAGGCUCCUUCCCUCUCUCUGUACUGCCAUCUUGAGCGUUGGCUUCAUUCUUGGCCUGGUCACACGAUGACCGUAGGUAUUCCCUGGGCUCCUUCAGACCUGGUCACAACCGGAAGGAGAUGAGCAGUCUUUUCUGUUUGCUUCACAGGCCUGAAGAGCCCUUUCUUGGAGGUUGUCCCGGCAAACUCUUUUCAUGUCCCCUCAGGUUGUAUUGGUUAGGAGGAAAUCACAUGGCCAUUUCUCCAGAUGCUGCUCAUGACCAUGUAAUGCCUAGGCCUGCUGCUGCGGAACUGGCUUCUAGGGCAUCCAUAGCUCUGGAUAUGACAGUUCUGUGCUUAUCAGGGACAAAAUAGUAACUUCCCCUAUAUUUUCAUUGUCUUAAGGAUUAAUAUUCUUCAUAUUUAUGCCUGUGACUAUCAUCUCCAACCUAAGUACAUUUAUAAAACUAGAACUUAAAAUUUGGAUGGAUCCAUACUCUUAAAUUUUAUAUGUAAGUGGUUUUUAUAUUUUCACAUUUGAAAUAAAUUUUUAUAACCUUAA